GGGGCCCCUGUGUCCUUGCCCAAACUCAAAAAAGCCUAUGAAAAAGGUACCAGGGGCAUCUUAUGGGGCUCCCUACUGACCCCGGGCCCUCGGGUAGGGGGCCCCAUGAGAUGCCCCUGGUACCUUUUUCAUAGGCUUUUUUGAGUUUGGGCAACGACACAGGGGCCCAAUGAUCCCCUAUUGCCCGGGGGCCCCAUGAGUUGUCAGUCCGCCCCUGUUCUGACUGCUUCUCUGUAUCAUGUACAUUGUAUGUUGUACUCUUUACCU